AUGGGAACUAAGUUCUGGUUAAGUGAAGAUGAAAAAACCCUGGUGGAGAGGAUAUUAGGAACAGAGGCUGCCGAAUAUUUCGCCUGGUCAGCCUCGAACAACAUCCUGUCCGAAUUCACCGCGACAGGUGGCGACCUUGGAGUUCACGACACUCUCUGCAAGCUGGUCGAGCAAGAUCCCGACUAUGCCUACGCCAUUUACUGGCACGUCUCGAAAUCCAAAUCCGGCAGAUCUGCCCUCAUCUGGGGUGAUGGCCACUGCAAAGACUCGUCCGAGAAAGAUAUCAACCGAAACUCGCCGGAAUCCGAAAAUGGCCGAAAAUGGGUCCUUCAAAAGAUCCAUUCUUGCUUUAGGGGAUUAGAGGACGAUAAUAUUGCCGCUAAUCUGGACAGAAUCUCGGAUCUCGAGAUGUUCUACCUCACGUCAAUGUACUUUGCUUUCCCCUUCGACAAACCCUCAAUCCCAUCUCAAUCGUUCAAUUCGGGUCGAACCAUAUGGGUCUCCAACCCAAAAAGCUCCUUAGAAAAAUACGAGUCGAGGUCUUACUUAGCCAGCCUGGUGAAUUUCGGGACUGUCGCUUUUAUUCCUUCGAAAUCGGGCGUUAUCGAAAUCGGAUCGAGAAAAUCCAUACCCGAGGAUAGGAAUAUUGUCCAGAUGUCGAAAUCGAUAGUUGUGAAGCCGAGCCCUUCCCAGCCGAAGCCUGUCCCAAAGAUAUUUGGGCGGGAGCUUAACAUCGGGCCCGGGCCCGGGCCAAGAUUGGGCCCGAGUAAUAUAAUCAGCUUCUCUCCCAAAGUUGAGGAUGGCUCGGUUUUUUCUCCCGAUUCGUCAUUCGACCUGCAACGACAGGUGUAUGGGAAUUCUUCAAACGGGCUUAGCCCGCAAGAAAUCGAGCAAGUAAAGGAAGAUUCUUUCCUAUUGUCCGACGAGAGAAAGCCCAGAAAAAGAGGCCGGAAGCCCGCUAACGGGCGGGAUGAGCCGUUGAAUCAUGUUGAGGCCGAGAGGCAGAGGCGUGAGAAGCUGAACCAGAGGUUUUACGCUUUACGAGCAGUUGUGCCGAAUAUUUCGAAGAUGGAUAAAGCAUCCCUUCUUGGGGAUGCGAUUGCGUACAUCACGGACCUUCAGACAAAGAUUAGGGUUUUGGAGGCCGAAAAGGGGGUUUCGAAGGAGAAUGAGUGUGGCCCAGUUUCGGAUUUCGAUUUUCAGGAGAGAGAAGAAGAUGGGGUUGUGAGGUUUAGUUGCCCGAUUGAGGGGCACCCGGUUUCGAGGGUUUUGGAAGUGUUAAAGGAGGAGAAUUUGAUGGCCCAUGAGUCGGUUAUGAGGAUAAGUGACGGUGGUGAAGUUGUUCAUCAUACGUUUACCGUUCGGGCGGAUGGUGGAGUUAGCGGUGAGGAUUUGAAGGGUAAGUUAAGUGCUGCACUCUUGAAAUGA